AUCCGAUCAGAUUAUUAUAUUUUUUUGUCAUUCAUUUACUUUUCGAGCUCGGUUGAAGCGGUGUGCAAUUGCAUCACAAAAUUAAAAUGUCCGACUGCGAAAUUGUGUUCAACCAGUACGCACAAGACCCAUUUGGAGCUGCUAGUGCGUUCAGGCCAGUUUGCCCUGAGCUGUACCAGCCGAGCCCCGCCGUGCCCGUGCCCGUGCCGCGGGAGCGGCAGCCCCGGCGCAGGAGCCACCGCUGCAAGAAGUCUCGGCUGCGCAGAGCUUCGUACGUGAUCAACAACGAGCAUCAGAGGGGGACUCGUCUCAUCAAGAUAAAAGUGAUCGAUAUAAGUGGAGAAUUACCCGAUACAUCGAACAUUGAAUGCGAUGAAGAAAAUGUAGUGUUAAGUGCACAAUAUGUUGUAAAAGACGAUUUGGACGACAUAAUGGACGAUACGGAAACGGUAAUAAAAAAAAUAUGUAAGAAAAUAAGUGACAAUAAUAGUUAUUAAUGUAUUGAAAUAUUAUUAGU